UGUCAACAAAAAUGUUUCUUUAUUUUAUUAGUCAAAAUUCAAACAUAGAACGUGCUGUUUUGGUAAAACAUUUGUCUACAAUUGUUAACAUUUCCGUAUUUUCUUGACUUCUUUGACUCUUGCGGAGUGUUCAAAAUGGUCUAUCUUAGUCGCCCCUGGACUCCCGUCUUCAAUCCCUACUACGUCGGACCGUAUCCGACUUGCGCUGCUUGUCCAUGUGGCUUCGACAUUUAUAAAGGAUACACUCCUGGUGGCUGGCAUAGUUGUUGCUAUAGAAGCUAUUAGUUAUGAAUGUCUCAAAAGUCACUGAAGUAGUCAAGGCGGAAAUUGGAAUAACACCUAAAUUGCAGAUCGUUUCGGCAUACAUAUACCACCUUCUUAUCAAAAAAAAAGUUUUUAAAUUAUAUAAGCCAAAAAUAAAUAAAAUAAAAUAAAGAAAUUUUUGGUUUUAAAAUUCAAA